UUCACACACAAAAACAGUUGCACAUAUUGCAACUACGAAACAGAACGCCCUCGUACCCGCUAGUUUCCGUCUCGUUCUUCGUUUUUCGUUCAGUGAUCUCGCGGGGGCGAGUGUCAGCACUGUGGUGUCGUGAACAGGUCGUGAAUCAAAUGGGCAAAGCCGGGUGGGCGACGUGCAAAAUUUAUUAGCCAUAGUUGCGUUUAGGGCUGGUUUAGGUUGAACGUAGAAGGGUAGGAUCGGGUAGAAUUUGAUAAGGGCGGAAAAGACUGAGGGGAAGCCGGGACUUUUCUAGGGAUGAAGGAUCUGGCUAAUGUGUUGACUAGUGACAGUUUCUACUUUUUGUGGGAACAAAUUGUACAGGACUUCGAACAUUUAAACGUUUAUCGCAAUGUGUUGGCUGUUGUUGGAGCUCUGUACAUUACUAACAAGACUUUUCAAUUCUUGUAUUCUGUGGCUCACGGUAUUGCAACUCAUGGUUUAUCAAGAUAUUUUCCUGUACGCCUCACGGAAAGUGGUGAUUGGGCAGUUGUUACAGGACCCACUGAAGGAAUUGGAAGAGCAUUUGCCAUAGAACUGGCAAAGCGAGGGAUGUCAGUUCUAUUACUUGGUCGAAAUCCUGAUAAACUGCAAGAGUUAUCAGACUUUAUUAGAAGAGAAUACAAACAGCAGACAAAGAUUUUGGUUAUAGACUUCAAUGAUCCUGGAAAAGCAUACGAGGACAUCAAUGAUGCUUUUGAGAAACUAGACAUAGGUGUAGUAGUAAACAAUGUGGGUACAAUCAACAGUUUCCCUUCCUUUUUACAUGAAAUGGAUGAUGAUGAAAUUAUGAGCAUGUUGAUUGUAAAUAUACAGUCAGUGACGAAAAUGACCAAAUUAGCUGUUACCCACAUGAGAAAAAGGAAAAAGGGCUUAAUUGUCAAUGUUUCAUCAAUAGCAUCAGUUGCUCCUGCUCCUCUUCUCCAAGUGUAUGCUGCCACAAAGGUAGUGUCUGUUUAUAACUAUUCCAUGGGGCCUACUUGUAAAGAAAUCUUGGCAAAACUUGAAAAAUUUGUUGAAGCUGAUCAUGUUAUUAAAGUUGAUAUCUUCACAGAUGCACUUGAUGAUGAUGGAAAUAUAACUCACCAAGCUUAUGUGACAUCAUUCUCACAAGCAGUGAAUGCGGAAGUGAAACCUGAUGGAAUAACUGUGCACACUCUUAUUCCUUCAUAUGUAAAAACAAGAAUGGUUGGAUAUAGCCCUUAUUUAUCAACUUCUUUGCUUGUUCCCACUCCAGAGACUUACGUUAAAAAUGCUCUUGCAACAUUAAAAUAUUCCACCUACUCAACAGGUUAUUGGUUUCAUGGAAUACAGGCUUUUUUUGUGUCAUCACUUCCAGUUACUUGGUAUAUGUACAUGAUUCGGAGAGCCAAUUUGAUUUUCCGCAAUGAAUAUUUGUCUCUUCAUAAUUGAUAAAAUAAGUACCGUGAUUUGUUCUUUAGUUCCUGUGAUUUGGAUAUUUGGGUUUCUAAUUAGAUUGUUUUGGGUUUAUCAUAUCUAAUAGUGUGGGUAUUUUGUUGGGAAAGAAAAGUUUGAGAAUAAUAAUGACCUCUCUUACAUGUAGUAAACUGCACGAUCUCAGUUAUUCAUGUGUUAUGGAUGUAUACAGUUGUCAGGAUAGUGGUUUGAUGUACAUUCCCAAAUGUGGGGAAUUGGCUGUGGUAGAUACGGCAAGAAAAUUGUUUUAGUUUCCAAUUGUGAAGUUUAUAGUUUCUGACCAGGCAUUCUUGGUCCAAAUUUGUCAUACUCUACCUGUGCUUUGCCUUCAGGAUGUGGUCACAAAGGCAGCGCUUGUUACCCUACAACUCAACAUUCCCAAAUCAUGUGAAACAAUUCCACGUGCAUCCUUGAUUGACUAUGGACUAGGUGCAAUAUUUUUCCUCCUCCUCCCACUCCCACUCCCACUCCUCCCACUCCCACUCCCCCAUCUUUCCCCAUUUCCACUAUGGCCAUGCGGCUAAUAGUCAUAUGUUUAGCCAGGAUUUCCAAGAGAA